UUCUCAAACCUGUUGAUUCGGACAACCUCCCACAACGUUUCAAGCUCCGUUUUAUUCUGUUAGUACAAGUACUCGUCCUUGAGUCGUUCCAAAGGCAUCAAGCAUCACUCGCCUGAUUCUGAGCUUCCUUACCUGACCAGCAUGCAAACCUCAUUCUUCACCAGACUCGUUGCGCUUGCCGCCAUUGCCUCAGUUGUUGCUGCCCAGACACCCCCUGAUUGUGUCAAGACCGUAAUAACUAAACUGGGAGAUACAUGCGACAAAAUCUGCGCUGCGAACAGCGUUUCCACAUACCAGCUGGAGACAGUCAACCACGAUAUCGUUGACGGCAAAUGCGAUAACCUGGUUCCCAACGAAACUUUAUGCCUUGGAAUUACCGGUCAAUAUUGCGAUGUUGUCCACGUCGUGCAGACUGGCGACAUAUGCUACGAGGUUGCCUAUCAGGCUAAUAUCACGCUUACCACAUUGUAUGCGAACAACCCAAACAUAAACUCCACCUGCGGUAACAUAUAUCCUGGCGAGGUUCUCUGCACUUCGAGCGUGAUCUAUCCUUACAACACCACAAACUAGAUGGUGUGUGUCACAAGAGUUGCUGUUUCCACUCUAGCACAUACAAUUGUACACG